CUGAUAGAUGGCACUGACUGGCAUCACUGCUGGGCACUGACUGGCGGCACUGACUGGCACAACCCCUGGGCACUGACUGGUGGCACUGACUGGCAGCACUGCUGGGCUGCACUGGUGGGUGGCACUGGUGGGCAGCACUGGUGGGUGGGCACAGGUGGGUGGCACUGGUGGGCACAGGUGGGCGGAACUUGUGGGUGGCACUGCUGGGCACCGAUCAUCAGGGCACUGAUCAUCAGUGGCCCUGAUGAUCGGUGCCGAUCCCCGCUCUGACAACUGCCGGUUCUCGGCAGUACUUUCCUCACGAUCUGACAGCGUGAGGAAAGUGCAGCUGAGAACCGGCACUUGCAU